AAAGCCUUCAGGUCACGUGAGAACAAAAUGGCGAAUGACAAUGACUGACUCGAAGUGCACAUUCCUCAGGAUUAAUUACCAAUUUCGUAGGUAGAAUGAGACAAUUUUUUAACCUGAAACACAGUGAAAAAAGACAUUUUUAAAAGACUAAAAUGAAUUCCUAUAAGGAUGUGUGGUAUGUGAGGAUACUACACGAUUUCCCUCAUUUGAACUUUUCUUUCCACGAGACAAACUCAACAUUUGAUCCUGAAAACACCAGUUACCAGGAGUCUCUCGUGUUGUGGGCGGCGGCACCGGUGGCCUUUAUUUUAGUGAUUCUGUUCCUGGCUUCCUGCUGUCUUUGUAUACAGUGUGUUAAGAAGAAACCACAGAAGCCACCGCGCACCACCUGUUUAAGAGUCGUGGUUGCCAUAUUCAUCAUAUUCUCCAUAGGAGCUAUAUCAGUUGGAUUUUUUGGCAAUGAGCAGACCAGUAAAGGGGCUAAACAAUUCUUGGAGGCGUUAGAUGAUACAAACCAAACCCUAGGGGAUGUCUCCACUACUCUGGAUACGCUUGUGGAUGUUGUCGACAAAGUUGACGGACCAGCAGGAAUUGAAGCACUGAAGGACAUACUAGGAAAAUCUGGAGAUGUCGCCAAUAAAACACUCUCUCCUAUAUUAAACAAAAUUGAGGAGCAUGCUCAACAAACCCGGAGCGACAUCGAUAACGUCAAAUCUCACGUGCCAAGCCUCCUCCUACAAAAGUUCUCCAAGGAGGCAGUGGAUGUAGAGUUUAUAAGGUGGACAGUCACGAUAGUGUUGCUGUGCUUUGCCCUCUUCAUACUUCUAACAACAAGCCUCGGGUGUUAUAAGAAGUCCAGAUGUCUCCUAAUGACGUCAGUAACUCUGGGAUUCUUUGGAUUGUUACUGGUCUGGGCAGGAAGUGGGGCAUACCUGGGGUUAUCUGUGGGAGUGUCAGAUCUGUGUUAUGACCCAGACAGCUAUGUAGAAUCUCUAGGAAAAGAUGACACACAGAAAGAUGUCAUUAGGGAAUACUCCCAGUGUCAGGCCAGCAAGGGAGUCCCCAGCAUAUUUAGGAAGGAAAUCCAGAAUGCAGUUGAAGAAGUAACGGAAGCUAAUUCUACGCUAAAUAGAUUCAUCAAUGAAAGCUCCAAGUUCAUUCCAGUCAGUGAGAUAAGUAAGCCCGUCCUGCACAUUAGGGUACUGUUUGACUAUGCUGUGGGGAAUGUGACAGCCCUCGGGGAGCUGCUGGGCUGUCGGACCCUACACAAGGAUUAUAAGUCUGCAGUGGAAGGAGUUUGUGAAACAGCAUUAGUGGGCGUUGCCCUUCUGCUGUUAAUGUUACCGUUUGCUGGAAUCUGCAUGAUCAUUGUCCAAUGUCUCCUACCAAGGGUCUGGUAUCUAGCAGGAAAAAGGAGAGGAUAUCGACCUGUAGAUGACUCGGAUCCAUUCUGUCACCGCCCACCACCUUAUAAUGGUUACGGAACAAUGGAGGGUGGGGGAGGGGCCCGGGGAAGCUGCACACUAGAGUACUACAGAGAUCUUCGCAGGAGUGCUGAUGAAUUACAGUCAGAAGAGAGAGUCCCAAUGAAUGACUCACCACCUCCUGCUUACCAUCCUGGUCGGUUUCCAGCUAGAUAUGACCUUGAGUGACCUCCAUAUGACCUUUAGGGGAGCUGUUUAUGGAGCAUAGUUUCAGUGAUUCUUACUUUUAAAAAAAAAUAUGUUUUUUUGUGUUUUUUAAAUAAUCACAAGUAUUGGAUUGAAAUACUCAUAUAUUUAUUAUUUUUUUCAUAGUGAUAUAUGUAAAAAAAAACAUUCAAGUAGUUUGAAAAUCCACCCCUCCAAAGAACACUGAUGAUAGAAACUGUUUAUCUGUGUAUUUGUAUCCUCUUUAUGCUGUUUUAUAAUCUUUUUAAUGUAAAAAAAAGCAGUUUGCUUUUAAUCUAAAUCUGUUGCUGUGUUUCUCAGUCUCUGACUGUAUGAUAUGUCUCUUCUAUUGAGAUGUCUCUGACUAGUUCUAAUGUUUAUCUUUUUGCUUUCCAAUUUUUUUUUGCCAGCAUUGUCUACUGUCUAGCAAUUAGUGACAAUUCUACAAAAUUUGAUACUUUUGUUUUACUGUCUUGUUUAAAAUGAUUUGUCCAUUGUAAUGAGCUUUUAAAAAUGAUCAUUGGAGAGAAUAGUAUCUGUAUUAUGGUUACCGGUAUUGUUUUUAUUAUAUGUGAGUAAAAUUACCAUGAUACAAAGUUAUGCUUAAAGUAGUAAAACAUGUAGAUUUGUGUCAUUGGGUACAAAUGUACUCUAGUCCCUUUGCACACUUUGUUAUGGGAUUUUUUCAUACCUAUGGCUAUUUGUACAUAAAACAUUAUUGUUUGAUUUUCAAAAAAUUAUUCUGUGUCAAUGAUGAUAUUGUCAACAUUUCUCAAUUUCCAGCUGUAUAAUAGUGGGGAAUUCUUUUUUUGCUUUUUGUUACAUUUGCCUAAAUGUGUAUUUUUGCUUUAUAUUUAAACCUGCUUUGUCUUAGAUAGCUCAUUUAUAAAUGAUUGUAAGACUAAAGCUUGAAGCAUUAUAUUUUGACAUUAGUGUCUUUUUUAUAUUCGUGUAGAAUAUAUUUUUUUCUUGCAAAGUACGGUAAUGAUGUAGUUUUCUGUAUAGUGUGCUUAUAAUAUUACUAAUACUAUGAGAUAUGUACAUACUUAUAUAAAAUGUUACUAAUACUUGUAUUGCUAUAUUGAACUCUUGCAGUAAAAUUUAGCUACUGUAAACCAACUUUUUUUCGUGACGACUUUAUUUCGCAAUUUACUGGGGGUAAAAUUGUUCAUCACAAUUAAUUUUCGCGAUCAAACCUUUUUUGUAUCUGUUGUUGAUAGACAAAGAGACUUUAACGAUCGGUUCGUGGUGAGAAAUAUUCACGAUGUUGAUGCUCUUGCGAAACUCAUGAAAAUUUCUUGAACAUGAAUAAAAGUUGGUUUACAGUAUUCAAAAAUUUAACUUUAAAGUAAAUGAAAGUAUGAGAGAGAAAGUCUUGUCUCUGAGCACCAUUAUAAGCCUGCAACUCUCUAUCUUCCUGUACAUGUUCACAAUUCUUCUGGUUCUGGUAGUUCAGAUAGAGAAGCAAUUUUUUUCACUCGUUAUUUUUCUGGCUAUUUUAUAUCUUCAAAAAUGGAAAGAAUCUCAUAUAAAUUGAGAAAAAAAAUUAUUGAAAAAAAAAUCUCAACUUAUUGUGUAGAAAACUAAAAUAAUUUGUUCUACAACGACAUGAAAUUCAAAGUAACGUCUUUCCCCAAUGUCUCCGUAAAAAGAGAAAGUGCUAAACGCACAAUAAUUUACUUAGAAAUCUACUUAAUGCUUAAGAUAUCAUCCUGGACAUUCUGUUUCAUUGUUUAGUGCAAUGCAGUGGGCAUAAUAACAUCAGUAAGGGUUAUCAUUAGAUGGGUAAUAACAAGGUAAUCUAUUGAAAUACUCCUGUAUAUAAAAUCAAAUGUUCUUAUGUUCAUAUCUAAACAUUGUUUGCAGGGAUAGGAAAAGUACUGUAUACUUAGUUUGAUCUAAGAUACCUAUAUUGAAUGUGUGUGUCUUUUAAAUAAUGAAAUAGUGUAUUGAAACGCUUUGUUGGGGUUAAAAUGUGCAGGUUACAACACAGCUGUCCUGUGAAGAGUUUUGAUGGAGAGAUAUACUGGCAUACAACUCUCAUCCAGUAGUUCUGUAUAUCUAGUCAUUAGUCACAAUAACAACACAUUUAAUAUCAUGCAUCUUUUUUAAUUAAUCAAAAGAGGCUUUGUUUUAUUGUUAUUAAUAUCUUAACAUGCUAAUUUCCUAAUUAGAUACCUGCCUCCCUCAUUGUGUAUAUCAUUAAAUGUAAUUAAUAUUUUUAACUGUAUUUUUGAUGUGUUGUUUUUGAACCUGUAUGCAGAUAAUGUGUGAUUUAAAUUGUCAGUGAAAGCAGACAAUCGGCAGAUGAAGAUUGUUGGUGUACAGAAUAAUGUUGAUUUUAAGAAGCACUAUUUUUAUAUUGAAUUUUGUUAUAAAGCUUGAAAGAAAACCAUGGACUAUGAUUUUGUACGUUUUUGUGAUUCUAAACUUUAGUCUAAUGUGUCACUUGAUUUUGCAGAUUUUGAUUGUAUUGCAGUAUCUAUUUUUUAUCUGAAAAUUAUUUCUUGAGUUUUAAUGGUUUAGUUUAUGAGAGCUUUCAAAGUACUGUAUAUCUGGGGUUUUUUCGGGUGUUGGAAAGUUUGCAAAAAAGGGUAGAUUUGUAAAGUUUUUAAUUUGCAUAAGUUAUUUUUAACGAUUGAAGAAGAAAAAAGUUUUAAACGGUAAUGUUUUUAUGUCACAUAAUAGCUGUCAGACAUAAUUUCCGAGUGUUUUAUAUUUUGUGAAUUAAAAAUGCAUGAUUGCAAAGAAAGUGAAAAUAGAUCAAUACGAAAAAAACGGAUAUACAGUAGCUUAGGGUCUAUCCCCUUCAACAAAUAUAGCCCUAUUCAGUAUGUCAAGAAAUUUCAAUUUCGUUGGUUUUAAUCAUAAUACGUAGUUCAGAUCUUUCUCUUUAUUUGAUAGUCUGUUACUCUGCGUCUGUCAAAACCUGAAAUCAACAUUUUGACUCAACCUGUUCAAGUAAAUUUGUCUUGUUUUCAUUAUAAGCCAUAGGACUGUCUUCCACUAAUUGUUUUGAACUAUAAGGGUUGUGAAUUUUGCAUUUUGCAGUGUUUUUAAUUGAUUUUCUUUUUGGACAUAAAUUCGCAACAGUUGGUGAUUUGAUUGACAAUACAAUUUACUACAUGCAUAUAGUUAACAUAUUAAAAUUUAAACUUCUAAUCAUUGUUUAUGUACAACAUGAAAUAAACAAUAUUGAAGCACAGA